AUGGACUCACAUAAAAUCGACGCAUCAGCUGUGCCUGAUACAGAUACGCAGUUUGCUAGCGGUAUCACCACACCAGAUGUCCUAGCAGAAGAGAAGCAGCGCCAGCACCAGCAGUGUAUGGAGGAGGAAGUCAAGUCUGCUCAGGACGAGACAAUCGACAAGGUUGUAGAAGAAUAUCCCAGAGGCUUACGACUAGUUCCCAUUUUAAUCGCCAUACUCUGCGCAGUCUUUCUUACUGCCCUGGAUAUGACCAUCAUUGGAACUGCGAUUCCUAAGAUCACCGAUGAAUUCCAGGGCCUCAACAUGGUCUCUUGGUAUGGCUCCGCGUACUUUAUGACAUUUGGUGGUUUUCAGUCCGCGUCUGGUAAAUUCUACCGUUACUUCCCGCUCAAAUGGUCCUUCUUGGGUGCUAUAUUCGUUUUCGAAGUUGGGAGCUUGAUCUGUGCCGUGGCUCAGAACUCGACAACCUUCGUCGUCGGUCGCGCAAUCGCUGGUGUCGGCUCCGCCGCCGUAGUGACGGGUGCGUUCACUAUGGCUGCAUUGUCUGCUGAGCCUAAACGACGACCAGCUCUCAUGGGGCUUGUGGGCGCCGUAUAUGGCUUGUCUAGUGUUGUAGGUCCGCUCUUAGGAGGUGUCUUCGCAGACACUGUGAGCUGGCGAUGGUGCUUUUACAUAAAUCUACCUAUCGGCGGAGCCUCUGCAGUCCUGAUCUUGUUCACCUACAAGACCCCACCGCAAGUUGUGAUUGUCAAAGCGACUUGGAAAGAAAAGGUCUUGCAAAUGGAUCCUCUUGGCAUUGCACUUGUCAUGGGUGGCAUUGUCGCAUAUAUAUUGGCACUCGAAAAUGGCGGCCAGAAGCAGCCUUGGGGCAGCAGUCUUGUCGUUGGACUACUGGUAGGCUUCGUCGUCAUUCUGUUUACCUUCAUCGCAUGGGAGAUCUUCAAUGGCGAGCGAUCAAUGCUUCCACCCCGGCUCCUCCGUGAGCGAACCCUAUGGCAGCCAUCUGCCUUCAUCUUCUUCUAUUCAUCAGCAUAUCUCGUACUAUUGUACUACCUGCCGAUUUAUUUUCAGAGCGUCGACAACCGAAGCGCAAUCAACUCGGGUGUGCUUAACCUUCCAUUGGUCCUCGCAAUGGUAAUAGGCAGCAUCAUCAGCGGUGGCGUUGUCUCGAAGACGGGCUAUGCUGCACCUUUUAUGAACGUUGGUGCUAUCCUAGCGACUGUCGCUACUGGUCUGAUGUAUACAUUCGAUAUCGGCACUGGAUUGGGCAAGUGGAUAGGAUAUCAGGCUCUUUAUGGUAUCGCAGUCGGGUUGGGAUUCCAAAUGGCUAUCAACACUGCUCAGGCCAAUGCAACAAUAGGAGACAUGUCUUCAGCAACAGCAACAGUCUUUUUUUUCCAAACCAUCGGCGGCGCAUUCUCAUUGACUGCUGCCCAGUCUGGCUUUGUGAACCGCAUGAUUACCACGAUUGCGAGCACAGCACCAAAUGUGGACCCACAUGCAGUAAUUGGAACUGGUGCCACUCAACUUCGGCAGACGUUCACUGCUGAAGAUUUACCAGGCAUCGUGGUGGCAUACAUGGCGGGUAUCAAGGUCGCGCUCGCAAUUGCGACCGCUUUAGCUGGUGCAGCGGUGUUAGCUGCUGUACUUACACCCUUCAAGAAACUCAACAUGGAGAAGGUUCAAGCUGGAGCUGCGUAG